AGCUUAACCCCGUUGUGGCAUGCAUACCUCCUAGUUCCCUUCACUAAUAUUCAUCACCAUUCAUAUCCUCCUCUGAUGAACACUCUCCCUCAAACACCCGCGAAAACCAUCCCAGAUGCCUGCGACUACAAAGGCCUCCCAGCAGAGAGGUCCAAAACCGGUGGUUGGACUGCAGCCGCCAUGAUUUUAGGGGUGGAAGCAUGUGAGAGGCUAACCACAAUGGGAAUUGCCGUAAAUUUAGUCACAUAUUUGACGGGUACCAUGCAUUUGGGCAAUGCUUCCUCAGCCAACACAGUCACCAACUUUAUGGGAACCUCUUUCAUGCUCUGUUUGUUCGGUGGUUUUGUAGCUGACACUUUUAUCGGCAGAUACCUAACUAUUGCCAUCUUCGCAACCGUUCAAGCAACUGGUGUUACAAUAUUGACAAUAUCAACCAUAAUCCCAAGCCUACACCCUCCGAAAUGCAUAAGAGACGCUGCGAAACACUGCGUGCCCGCAAGCAACAUGCAGCUAACGGUGCUCUACAUAGCUCUCUACACCACAGCGCUUGGCAUCGGAGGCUUGAAAUCCAGCGUGUCAGGGUUUGGCACGGACCAGUUCGACGAAACGGACAAAGGAGAGAAGAAGCAGAUGAUAAAAUUCUUCAGCUGGUUCGUGUUCUUCAUAAGCACAGGGACUCUGACAGCGGUCACGGUUCUUGUGUACAUUCAGGAUCGCAUAGGAAGAUACUGGGGUUACGGGAUAGGUGUGUGUGCUAUUUUGGUGGCUCUUCUUGUGUUUUUAGCAGGUACGAGGAGAUACCGGUUCAAGAAACUGGUGGGUAGCCCUCUGACGCAGUUUGCGAUGGUGUUUGUGGCGGCGUGGAGGAAGAGACAUUUGGAAUUGCCGCAUGAUUCGUCGUUGUUGUUCAACUUGGAUGAUGUUGCCGAUGAAACUAUCAGGAAGAAGAAGCAGAUGUUGCCACAUAGCGAGCAGUUCCGGUGCUUGGACAAGGCAGCAAUCAAGGACCCUAAAACCGACGGGGAAGAAAUAACGGCGGAGAAAAAAUGGUAUCUCUCAACCUUAACAGACGUUGAAGAAGUAAAAAUGGUGCAGAGAAUGGUCCCAGUGUGGGCCACCACCAUCAUGUUCUGGACAAUAUACGCCCAAAUGACGACAUUCUCAGUAUCACAAGCGACCACCAUGGACCGCCGCAUCGGAAAGUCGUUCCAGAUCCCCGCCGCCUCCCUGACCGUCUUCUUCGUGGGCAGCGUCCUCCUAACAGUCCCCAUCUACGACCGCAUCAUCGCUCCCAUCGCCAGAAAAGCCUCAAACAACCCGCAAGGGCUAACCCCAUUGCAACGCAUCGGCGUAGGGUUAGUCCUCUCGAUCUUCGCAAUGGUGGCAGCAGCACUAGUGGAAAUAAAGCGGCUGAGAGUGGCGCACGCGCACGGUUUGGCGCAUAACCCUCACGCGGUGCUUCCGAUGAGCGUCUUCUGGCUGGUGCCGCAGUUCUUCUUCGUGGGGUCCGGUGAGGCGUUUACGUACAUAGGGCAGCUAGAUUUUUUCCUGAGGGAGUGUCCGAAGGGGAUGAAGACCAUGAGCACGGGUUUGUUUAUGAGCACGUUGUCGUUAGGGUUUUUCCUUAGCUCCUUGUUGGUAACUUUUGUGCACAAAGCAACGCGCCACCGUGAGGCGUGGCUUGCGGAUAAUCUUAACCAGGGGAAGCUAUAUUAUUUCUACUGGCUUUUGGCUAUGUUGAGUUGUUUGAAUUUGGUGGUGUACUUGUUUUGUGCUAAGGGCUACGUGUACAAGGACAAGAGGCUCGCUGAGCAGGGCGUGGAGUUGGUGGAACCCGACACUGCAGCUUGCCAUGCCUAGGUUUUACUUUUUCAUACGAGGAAUGCUUAUGCUUAUGCUUAUGCUUAUGCUUAAUUGCUUAUGCUAUGCUUAUGUUAGUGCUUGAAAGUUGAAUAAAAAUGAAAAUAGAGGAAUCGAGAUUAACAGAAA